AUUCUUGCGUUGAUUGGGGCACACUGAUGAACGAAAGAUAUAAGAUGGUCGCGUUUUGCAGGACCACAACGGGCGAUUGGAACUGGUCGGUCCUUGACUUGAACCAUUGUAUAGUGAAUCGCGACGGUUCUUUGAUGGCGCAAGACGAUGGAUCCUUCUUCCUGUCUGCCGGUCCCUGCUCGUCUGAUAACGCAACGAAGUCGUGGGCCAAUUAUAAGUGCAGCACGCAAAACGACGACAGCGACGAGCGUCACGUUGAUCACGGGAUAGACCUUAAUUUGGUAGUCGGUAAUGACAAUGGUACUCUAUUCUGUGGUCAACAACCCCACAAGGGGCUUACGCUCAGCCAAGGGCAAGCUGGCUGGUCUGGCUUGGGCGUGGUGAACUAGGGUGGCAGCGGACAGUUGUCGGUGCAUUUGGAUCGGUCACUCUCAUCUCAGCAAUAGCACCCUCGUUACGGGCCUUGGUGGAGCGUAGGCUGGUCCCGUGAUCGUUGAUGAGCGGCGGUAGCCAUGCGCGGACGUCUGACGAGUUCAAUGCAGCGCUCGAUAGGGUGGACUAGAAGCGCCUACUUGGGCUAGGUAAAGCAGUAUAGCCGUCGCGAAUACUCGUCCUUACCUUGGCCUUCCCAGAGCAUCCAUCCCAUGGGGAUGAAUGAUUCGCGGUCGUGAUGCUGAACGGUUGCCA